AUGAACAGGUGCCGCCGAGAGGGAAACCACCACGUUUUACACAAUAUCAAAAGAAACAGCAACAGCAGUAGGCUGUUCGGCCUUUCCCGGUUUAUGGAGCAAGACGGGACCCACUCCCCCCAACCGGGAGAACAUGGCUCCAUGCUGGCAGACAGCACGAUAAACUUGGCCCUCAAUCUCUACAAGACCAUGGUCAAAGACCGGAAAUUAUCAUCUGACAACAUCCUCUUUUCACCUCUGGUGGUGGCUUCCUCUUUGGGGGUGAUGUCUCUGGGCGCCAAAGACAAAACAGCGAACCAGGUGAAGUCCCUUCUGAACAUUAACUUGCGUGAUGAUGUUUUUCAUCCAACUUUCUCAGAAUUGUUUAAUGAGGUCAGCAAUGAAACGACCCGCAACACCACUUGGAAGAUUGGCAGUCGGCUCUAUGGACCAAAUUCAGUCAAAUUCAGGGAUGACUUUGUUCAGAAAAGCAAGAUGCACUACAAACACGACCAUUCCAAGAUAAACUUGAGGGAUAAGAGGAGUACAAUCCAAUCCAUCAAUGAAUGGGCCUCUCAGACAACAGACGGAAAGCUAAAAGAAAUCGUAAAGGAUAUGUCUAGUGUUGAUGGUGCCUUAUUUGUUAAUGCCAUGUACUUUAAACCACACUGGGACGAAAAGUUUCAUGACCCCCUGGUUGAUAAAAGAGGUUUUAUGGUGACCAGAACCCAUACUACUUCUGUACCUAUGAUGCACCGUACAGGUCUGUAUAAUUACUAUGAAGAUGAGGUUAAUAAGGUUCAAAUUAUUGAGAUGCCUCUGGCUCACAAGUUUUCCAGCAUGAUUUUAAUAAUGUCUCGGCAUGUGGAACCUCUGGAAAGAAUAGAGAAGUUACUAACAAAGGAACAACUCAACAAUUGGUUUAGCAAGCUGCAGAAACGUGCUAUGAGUGUCUCUCUUCCCAAAGUCAACAUUGAAGUCAGCCAUGAGCUACAGAAAUAUAUGCAAGAGCUUGGUCUGACUGAAGCUGUAGAUAAGGAUAAAGCUGAUUUCUCAGGUAUCACAGGGAAGAAGGAUCUGCACCUGUCCAACAUGCUCCAUGUUACUGCUAUUGAAUGGAACACUGAAGGAAAUCCUUAUGAUACAGACUUGCAUUCCCAUGAGUCAAUGAAAACACCCAAGCUCUUCUACGCAGAUCAUCCCUACAUCUUCCUAGUCCGAGACAAGAAAACUAACUCUAUACUCCUUAUUGGGAAGUUAGUUAAACCAAAAGGCAAUAAUCACGAUGAGUUAUAAACUUCAACUGAACGAGUACAGGACUGUUCUGUAUGUACAUUAAUGACCUCACAUUUAGAUUACUUGUGACAUGGGGGUGGUGUAAGAAUCAUUCCUGUUAUUGUGGUUCCACAAUAUUGACCCUGUGGGGCAAAAGUAUGUUGAUUGUGUUGAACGCUAAUACCUGUGAUUAGGGACAGUUGACAAAGUGUCCAAACAAAUGCAUUUUGUUCCACUAAAACUAAGAAUAUUAAAAGCCAAGACUACUAAAUGCAUCUUAGUGGCAGGAUUUAAGGAAUUUACAAACUUACAAUGAUAUAUGACAAAGCUAUUAUCAUGGGAUUAAUCAUUACACAUGCAAUUCUAUUCUCUUACUGUCAUUUUGUUUUCAUUUGAACAGCCUUGUAGAUCCCUAAAUAUAUUAUUUGUAAGAUCAAGAGAACAAAAAAUUAUAAUCUAUAUGAUUCAUGUCUUCAUUGCAUGUAAAUUAAUCCAUAAAUAUUUUUAAUCAUUCUGUUCUUUAACAACAGAUACUACCUACAUGUGCAUGAGUUUGCUCAGAAAGUGAGGUUGUUGAUAUCACCAAGAAAAGAAUAUUUUCCUUCUGUGCAACAUAGUCUGUAAGUGAAUACAAUUCUUCAGCAGACAGUGUUACAUCUAUUUUUCUACAUAUUUUGGUGAGCUGGAUCAUUCAGAAUAACCUUGUCUCAUUUCUACUGUUCUUAAUAAAAAGAACAAAAACGUUA